AUGCUGGGGUGGGUGACUCGAUGUCUGCCAGGCUUCAGCCUAAUCGGCUUGGCUCUAUUGCUGCUCUGCGCCUUUACCGACAUUUUGGAGCAUCCUAUACUGAAGGGUUUCCUACCAGCUCCUUCCAUAAACCCCCCUACACAGAAUGGCCCAUGGAGUGGGUUGGCGUUGGCCCAAAAGAUCUUCAUCAUCUACACAAUCUUGAUCCACGUCCAUACCUUUGGUUUCACUCUUCGUCUCGCCUGGUCAAUCUCUAGAACCCUCCAAACCACAAAGGAUAUCUUCCAGAGACGCCUCGAAACCUCUCCCUUCUCCUCCCCGAAGCCUAAACGCCCAGAAGAUCGACCAAGUUCGGACGCCCCUCCAUCUCCAGUUUCUCUACCAGAUUCGACAUAUUCCUCUUUUGAUAAGAAGGAAUUUAUUACUGUCCAUCAAUUGACCGAGAAAGAGCUCAUCCAUGCGAUCAUCCUGCCCAAUUACUGCGAAGACCUUCAUACCCUAGAAACAACCCUGAAAGUGCUGGCAAGUCACCCGCGAGCUAAAUCGCAGUAUGAGAUUUAUCUGGCCAUGGAGCAGAAAGAGGCUAUCGCCGCCGACAAAGCCGGGCAUCUUGUGUCCACCUUCGAACACUGCUUCCUUGACAUUCACACAACCUUUCAUCCUGCUGGUAUAAAGGGCGAGAUUGCGGGAAAGAGUUCAAAUGUGGCUUGUGCCGCCCGGAGAAUCAUGGAAGUUCAUCGCACCGAGCUCAAGAUGGAUUGCUGUAAUGUGAUGGUGACGGUUAUGGACGCGGACACACACCUCUCUCGUGAUUAUUUCACUGAAAUUCUUCGCCUUCAUUACUUGCACCUCGAUGAGGCAGACCGCUCCAUUUACUGCUGCCCUAUUCUAUUCGAUCGCAAUUCUCAUGAAGUACCAGCACUAGUGCGAUGUGCCGAUCUGAUGUGGGGCUUCGCUGGACUUUCAACGAUGUACCCCGGAACAUGGAUCUCCAUUCCUACAUCAGUAUACUCUUUACCUCUCUCUCUGGCCGAGAAAGUGGGUGGAUGGGACAGUGAUCCCACGGCUAUCGGUGAAGACAUGCAUAUGCUGUUGAAAUGCUACUUCGAAACGGCGGGCAACAUUAUAUCUCGCGUGGUUCAUUCCCCUGCCAGCCAGUGCAAUGUUUCCAGUGACAGCCGACAUGGCUGGCGACGCACAGUCGAUACUUGCGCUGCACGAUAUCGCCAGGCGUUGCGACACAUGUGGGGUGCUUUAGAUACCGGCUUUGCGGCACGACGUACAUUGGGAUAUCUUCGCUUCCACCACCGAUGUUCGUUCCUGCAUCCCCGCCACUUCGCUCUCCUCUCGCUCCUCUGGGAGGCGCAUUUCCUUCCGGCUCACCUCACGAUCGUGAUGAUCUUUUCCGUGUUAUAUAAACUUCUAACCCCGGUGACCAAAAUACACCCAACUUUAGCCUGGGCUUUUAUGGUGACUGAGAUCUUACGAGCAUUUUCUUUUAUCGGGAUGAAUGGUUGUCUAUUUUUAUACGAGCGGUGGCAUAAACUGCAUCUCGAUUCUCGCAUGGAGGACAUGAACGAGGCCAAUAUUGGCGAUACUGGAUGUGCCCGCCGUGUCUGGCAUCGACCACAAUUCCUCAUCGACCGGAUCUGUUUUCCCAUUGCGGGUACGAUAUUCGGCGCUGUGCCUACUCUUCAUGCUGUUCUCUCUCACUUCUGGACUGAUCGGCUUGUCUACCGCGUCAGUAAGAAACCGACAUUCUCACUAGAGGCAGUAGGGUUGGCCUGA